UUCACAAUGUUAUUGUAGAUAGAAGAAGAGCUUGUAUACAGGUAGCAAGUACUUUUUUUUUGCUUUUGUGAGGAUCGAACCAAGCUGACCUCUGGUAUCGGUGCAUUAUCUUGGGCUCUCCUACUCCAGUAUUUUGUUCACAUCCAUCAAAGUCAACUAUUUAUGGCUGUUGUGUUAUUAUUCUUUUGCACCAUUUGCUUUACAAUGCAAUAUCAGACUGUGGAUGAAUAAGGGAAGCAAAUGAAGGCUGUAACAACACCCUAGGACUCGGCAAGGUCUGUAAGUGAUACGUAUAUGGAAGUCAAAGAGAAGGAGGGAUACUGAGAUGACUUUCAGUGUGUUGCUUAAUGCUUACCUUGACCUUGGCUAGAAGAUUAAGCAGUAAGGAAAUUUUUUGGUAAACCACGAUGGUGCCCUGGCAUUGGAGAUAUGAGCACGAUAUGAUUCAGUUCAUUUGUACAGCAAUACAUGUUUCUUAUUGACAUUGGGAUUUUUAGGCUAAUUGCUGAAUGACCUCCAAGCAAGAAAGAACUGAGAUAGAGAUAGGGGAGGCUGUGCAGAGAGUGACUCAGUAAUCCUAGUAUUAGGGUAAAUUGUUGUCUUGCACAUAGGCAGGUGUCUGAAGGAGUGUUCGUAUAAGGAUUCUUGGCAAAAAAACUUAUCCAAAGCAAUCUUGGAUGGAAUUCCAAUUAGUACAUUACUUUGGUAUUAUGUGUUCAGUUUCUCAUAUAUUCGAUCCAAAAACAGGUCUUGGACCAGUGAGCUGUUGCUGUUGCUGUCUGGUUUAAACUACUUGCCUUAAUAGAAGUGGAUAUCUGAACUGCAGCACUGUUUGCUGAUCAACGGAGUGGAACUGACUUAUGGUUGAUGCUGUUCUUGCUGUAGGUUAACAACCCCAUACUCUUAUAGAGGAAGCUGGGAUAAACAUUUAACUUGGAAGCUGAGAAGAAACACUUGAAUAGGACAGGGCUGAUGCAUUCGGAGAAGUCUUCAUUGAUAGUCUCUGCCAGGCAACUCUGCCAUUUACGUAUACUUAUAUUUCCAAUAUAUCGGAUUGAAGUCAGUUCAUAUAAAUAAUUGCUAUCGAAGGAUCAAAGACUGGAAGAGGAAACUUGCGCCACGAGUGAUGCAUUACUAUUGACAUUAAUAUUAAUACAACUUUUGGAACUGUGACCAGAGUGGAUGAGUAACAUUAUGGAUCAUUUACAGUUAUUGGCUGACCAUGCUGUAUUGGGCAAUUUAACUCACCCUUUACUCACUGGGAUCAAUUAUGGCCUGUGUCAAUGGCCAUGCUGCUUUAUGCCAGUCAGAAAUGCUGGGUUUUAUUUGGCUAAAAGGUGAAGGAAGUCAAAACUGGAUAAGUUUAUAUCCUAUCAGGUGCUGGUAAUGAGAAAGGCAGGGGGUUUAAAAAUAAGGUCAUUUACAGGAUUGAACCAAGGAUUCCUGGGCACUGCAAUGAUAUGAACUCAAAUUAUUAACAAGAAUUGAUUUGGUGAAUAUUCUUGGACAGAACAUAAGUAUUUUCUUUACUAUAUGAAGGAGUCGAUUUAACGGAAUCAUUUGCUAUCUAGACUUGAAUGUAGGCAAUGUUGUAUUGCAUUUAUCAGCAUGUAAUCUCUUGGAUAAGAAGUUCACUAGAUGCUACUCAUGGAUUAGGCAUCUUUUGAAAGUAUAUUGUUUGGAAUGCAUCAAAGAGAAUCUGAUGCAGGCAGGAAAAAUAACUUCACAACAGGAAUCUGUUUCAGGAUGAAGUACCACUGAGAUCGUUCAAUCCCUGCCUGUGAUUUAAUUUAUUAGUUGUCUUUGCUCUGGAAAACCUGCCUUUAAAUAAAGAUGUAAUGAUUUGUUUUUACCAGGCAACAACAAGACAAAGUGAUGUAAAAAAGACUGGAAGUACAACUGAAUUGUGGGCGCAUUGAUCUAAAUUUAAUUGACUCCAUGGCAGUGUUAUGCCACACUUAGACACAAUACUGAAAGCAGUAAUGCAUUUAUGCUGGGAAUUAUAAUUGAUAGAUGAAGACAAGGUGGCCUUUGCAAUUUUAAUGGCUGCAUUGUCUGUAUAUUUAUUGAUGCCAUAAUGACAUGCCAGGGUUUGACCACUUUUUUUCUCUCCAAAAUAAUGAGAUACUGUUUGCAAUUUCUUUUCGCUUGAGGCAGGUCAACCUGAACAGUCAUUUUCAUUACAGAGUAAAUUUCAUUAUAGUGACAUCAUUUUCUAUGUGUGAUUUUCAUCAGAUUCAGAUUAAGCCAUCAUUAAGAUUAGAGAUUACAUUUGCAUUAUAAGACUGCUGGUUGCCCUUCUGUCUUCAACCCUGCCGAGUCGAUUAGCCCUGUACAGCAGAUUUUGAUUGCAAAACUGAGAAAUGAAAAAUGACAGAUGUAUUACACGCAAAAUUGGAAUUCAUCCUGCAUCAAGAAUGUCAUUCAGGUUCUUGUAAACCUAGCACAGAGUUGAGCCAGAUCAAUUGAAGGAACAGAAAUCAUUAAAAAUGCUCUUCCUUGAGGGAAAGUCUACCAAAUUGGAAGAGGAUUUUGUGGUUCAAAGCCAAUUGGUGAGGAAUCACGGUGGGAGCUGUUUGAAAUACUAGGCAAAUUUGAAAGAUAACACCCAGUUAUCAAAUACAUAAAUUCACAGCAUUUUACUUCUGAAUUGACGAAGAGUGAACAUAUUGCUACAUUUUCAGAAGUCUACUGACGUAUGAAUGGUUGACCACAAGAAAUAUGAACUUUGUAGAGGAGUGUGCAUUACCUAGAAAAAAAAACUAUUGUAUGAGAAAAGGAACAGGAAAUGUGUGGAUUCUUAUAUUUGGAGGAUUGUUUGAUCACGUUUUACUUUUCAAGGCAAUUCUUUCAGACUUUUUGUAAAAAUAGGAAGACUUAAAGCUCAUUGCUUUUGUUUAGUGUUGAUGAUGUUAAGGGCUGACGUCAGACAUCUGGCUAGUUUCAUUUUCCAGCUGAAGUUAUGAAUUAUGAUUUAAAGAGAAUAGUGGAAAGGAGCCUUGGUACUUUCAGAAUAUCUGUAGUAGGCAUUAUUUUGGAAAAUGUAACAGUAGAUAUUUCAUCAAUUUAACAUUGCUAGGAUGUUAUCUAUGAUUGAUAGAUCAAUAGAAAAGUGCAAGCCUUUGGGUAGUUUUGUACUGAAGAGUAAGUGUAGUGCUUUGCCUUGCAUAGCACAGAAAUUGAUGGCUCUGCACUCGACACUCUAGGUAAUGGUGGCAUUUCCUUGAGAGUGAAUGAAGUUUGUCCGAAAAAUAGCAUGAAAAACCAUAAAUUACUAGAAAUUUGCUAGAGCUGCUUAAUUGGGUUCCACUGGAGUGGAACUGGUUUGAAUACAGUUCUUGGUGAUUUUGAAUGUUGGAGACGUUCAUUAUCAGGGAUAAUACAAAGUUACAAAUGGAUUUGAUGUCUUCAAUGUAAAAAUGCAUCAAUGGUAAAAUCAAUGGAAACUUUUGUUGAGUGGGAAAAAAAAUGAUUUGAAGAGAAGUGCCUCGAUGAAAUUUAAAGAACUGAGCAGAAAGACCAUACUAUCGACAGCAGUUUGUUUAGUAGAGACAAUGUAAAUUGAGCUUUAAUCUCCACUGAAGAGCUUGCGCAUCUUUGGAUUUUAUAAGUAAUUGACUUGUGAUGCCACCCACUGGUGAUGAUCCUUCUGCACAAGUUUUCCAUAAGUUAUUGGUCAUAGAGUUUUAAUUUGGCAUAUGUUGAAUUUGUCAGAGCAGUGCAAGCCAGGAAAGAGAUUAGAGAGGACAGAAGACAUAGAUGUAAAUUUUGUGAUGAAAUAAGAACUUGCUUCUGUUAUGAACCAUGGCAGACAAAGGACAGCUUUUUGUGAGUAAGAAAACCAUGAAAAAGAAAGGAACUCCUAAAGUGGAUGGGAAAAAGAGUUCCUUGGUAGAUACGGGGACACCUACCAGUGGCUCAUUUGUAAAAGAUGAGAAGGCAGCUGUUAAACAAGAUUCAAAGAAAGGUGUCUUCACCUCCUUUUGUGAAAUCAAAUCUAAUUCUAAAGACGUAAAGAAUUAUACUUCAUCGCUGGAUGUUAAGGUUGAAAAACAGGCAAAGUCUAAAGAGGAAUCUGAAAGAAAAGAAAAAGACACUUUACAGCUGCAGGUUGAUAAUAACAUUGGAAAUAAAACUGAAGUCACACAGGAUAAAGAACACAAAACUGAAGUGACACAGAAUUAUGUGAGGGACGAUGAACAGUAUAAACCAACAGUUGGAAGACGGGGCUGUGAUUGUCCUGUAGGUCACCUUCAGGACAGAGACGCAGACAAGGGUCAACCACAAUUGACCGCUUCAGAAAAAAAUCAAAAUGAACCACAAGGAAGACUUCUUUCCUCUAGUAUCUUAGCACUAGCAAGAAAGGACAAAAAGGGAAUCGCAACUGAAGUAAAUGGAGACGGCAAUACUUCAAGACCCCAUCUGUGUCCAGUUAAUUGUAAUGAAACAGUUUUUAGACCCCACAGCAGAAGUUUCACAAUCAGUGACCUGCCAAGCAAUAGAACUCCCAUCAUUUAUGAAGAAGAUGCUCCUGUUAUCGUACGAAGACGAGGCACGACUCUACGAGUCAGGAUUACACCUCCAAACUCUGCUAAUUGUCUGGACACAAAGUCUGACUACGGACCCAGAUCACCUUCUCCAUCCAACUCUCCUCGCAAGCCAUUGGAUGAUUUGUCAGCCUCCAUCAUUCCACGCAGGCUUUUGCAACGCACCCUGUCUGAGGAUGUCCGACAAAAAAGGCGCGGGAGCAUGCCUCUCUCCCCCACAGUCAGACACCUGGGCCUUAGCUCAUCACAGUUAUCACAAAGUUCAUGUCUACCAGGACUGGGUUUGUCACAUUCUGCCGAGAGGGAGACAUCAAACCUGCUGCGUAUGCGACAGUCCACACUCGGGCAUUCAGCACCAAAUCUCUCUUCGUCAGGUCCUGUGACAACAGUAGGGAAUAUGAAGGAGCUCAGUUUGUCCAAAACUAGUCUGUGUAGGAGGGGGAGUCGGAGUCAAUCUCGGAAAUCCAUUAUUGCCAAUACCUCCCCUACACUGCCCUUGAGGUGCCAUUCUCCACAAAAUGUUGGAAGUCCACUUGAUAGUCCACGCACAAUGUCUCCUAGUCAACAUGGACACUUUCCAUUUGGCCCUGGGAAGAGUCGUGAAGGUGGGCGUCGAUGGUCGUUUGCCAGCUUACCUUCCUCUGGCUACGGCACAAACACACCUGGGAGCUCCAAUGUGUCUUCACAGUGUUCCUCCCAAGAGAAAUUGCAUCAGUUGCCAUAUCAACCCACUGACAGAGAACUCCAGAUGCUCACCAAACAUUUUGACAGCAGUGAAAACAUUGCAGAGGCAGAAGAUGAUGGCAGACUAUCACCUGUAAUAAGGCCUAGGUCACGCAGCCUAAGUAGUCCUGCCAAGUCUCCCGGGAUGGAAUCGGACAUUAUGAUGAUGAAUACUGUCUACAAAGAUCGGUUUCCAAAUGCAAAGAUUGAAAUGGAGGAGCGACUGGAUCGUUUCAUUGAAGACAACAAAGUACUAGCUUGUAGCGAGGAGUCUGAUGGGACAGCAAGGUUUGUUCACCAUCAGAUCCUGGAACUGGCACGGGACUGUUUAGAAAAAUCUCAGGAACAAGUGAUCUCGGUGAACUAUUUCAUUGAAUUAUCGGAAAAUUUACAGACUCUACUGAAUGAUUCAAGGGAACGUUCCCCUCAUGCUGCAGAACACGCAGACCCAAUGGUGAACAGGCUUCUAAUUAUAAUCUCCAGGCCAGCCAGGCUACUGGAAUGCUUGGAAUUUGACCCUGAGGAGUUCUACCAUUUACUGGAGGCAGCAGAAGGACAGGCCAGGCAGGUGAUACAGACUGACAUACCACAGUAUAUAGUCAACAAACUGGGCCUCAACAGAGACCCUCUUGCAGAUAUGAAUGACAUAGAGCUAAGUGCCAAAGAAUUCACAGCAGAAGAUAAGGAUGAUGAAAGUGAGAGAGAGGGAAAAGAUGAAGAGAGAACUGGAGAUGAUGAUCAAGAUGGAAGCGAAGAAUAUGUGGAAGAAACAGAACCCAAAGAGGCCAAACCUCCAUGUGAGGAUGACUUUGAGACUAUCAAACUCAUUAGCAAUGGUGCUUAUGGUGCUGUGUUCUUGGUUCGGCAUCGAGAGACAAGGCAACGCUUUGCAUUGAAGAAAGUUCUCAAGCACAAUCUAGUCCUACGUAAUCAAGUAGAACAAGCAUUUGCAGAGAGGGACAUCUUGACCUUCACAGAUAAUCCCUUUGUUGUCAGUCUCUACUGUACAUUUGAAACUAAGAAAUACUUGUGUAUGGUGCUAGAAUAUGUUGAAGGUGGAGAUUGUGCCACGCUGUUGAAGAACAUGGGGCCAUUGCCAACUGAUAUGGCAAGGUUGUACUUUGCUGAGACAGUGUUAGCAUUAGAGUAUCUUCAUAGCUAUGGCAUAGUACAUCGAGAUCUCAAACCAGACAAUUUGCUCAUCACAUCAACAGGACAUAUCAAACUUACUGACUUUGGUCUCUCCAAGAUUGGAUUGAUGAAUUUGACCACCAACAUGUAUGAGGGUUCCAUAGACAAGGAGUCCAAGCAGUUCAAGGACAAGCAGGUGUUUGGGACCCCAGAGUACAUAGCUCCAGAGGUCAUCCUGAGGAAGGGCUAUGGGAAGCCUGUGGACUGGUGGUCCAUGGGGGUCAUACUGUACGAGUUCCUGGUGGGCUGUGUGCCUUUCUUUGGGGACACAACUGAGGAAUUAUUCUCACAGGUUAUCAAUGUGGACAUAGAGUGGCCAGAGGAGGAAGAGUACUCCGUUGACGAAGACUCCAAGAAUCUCAUCAUUUCUCUUCUACAGCAGAACCCCAUAGAUCGCCUGGGGACAGGGGGUGCACAUGAAGUGCGGGAGCACGUGUUCUUCUUGGGUUUAGAUUGGGAUGGUCUGCUAAGACAGAAAGCAGAGUUCAUCCCUCAGUUGGAUAGUGAAGAGGACACAAGUUACUUUGACACCCGUGUAGACAGAUAUAAUCAUGACUUGGAGGACACAGAAGAUGAUGCAGAUGACAUCAUGUUUCACAGCUUUUCCUCCAUGUCACCAAGAUACAGCAAAGUGUAUGGAAAGUUUGCACAGAUGAGAGAGAGAAAGAGACAAGAAGAGAAGGCGAGGUCAAACAGCAUGAGUGCUGUCCCUGAUAACACAGACAAAGAUGUGCUUGGCAGGAAGAAUUCAAACAUUUCCGAGUGCUCAACAAGUUCUGUGGAGACUCCAUCCAACUCCCAGAGGAACAGUAUCUCAGACCUAGAGAAAGAAGUGCCAACUCUUGCUCUCUCCAUCAAGGUGGAUGAGGAAGUCUUCAGUUCUCCUGAAGUUACACCAAGGUCUAUUGCCAGUAACAGCACCCCCGAGUCUUCACAGUGUGAAAGUGACACCCUGUCCCCCAUCAUGAGCAGAAAGAAGAGUACCCCUAAAGCUGUGAAAACAGACCCCAUCCCUCUCUUCUCCAUCUCUGCAGAGGAGGAGGAAGAGGAGCAUGGUAAAAUACAUGAUACUGGUGAUGAGCCAAAGAAAGAAGGAAAGAAGCCCAUUCAUAUCAAGCCUAAGAGGCCUGAAGUGAAAAAGAAAGAACCCACCUUCACCCCACCAGAGGUCAUGGCAGAUGCCCAAGAGGAGCCUAAACCCAAAGGUUAUCUUCAAGUGGAUCUAUCUGAAGGCCCUCCAAGGUCGACAUCACCACGAUUGACCUUCAAACCCAUGCACAAAUCUGCCUCUGCUAAUGCUCUUUCUCUUCAUAUACCUGCUGCAGAGGAGUUGGUUUCUCAGCCAAUCAGUUCUCCGGGCUCAAGCAGCUCAAGAGAUGCCUCCCCUUCACGUGAUAUGUUGCCUGUGAUUGGUCCUUUGCGUCCUGCAUUUAUAAUCAGAAGAAGCCCUAGAGGAUAUGGUUUUACUCCAAAAGCCAUCAGGGUUUAUCAUGGAGAUACUGACAUCUACACUCUACAUCACUUGGUAGUGCAUGUGGAUGACAAUGGCCCAGCCUAUGAAGCAGGUCUUAGACCAGGAAACUUAAUUACCCAUGUAAAUACAGAGUGUGUAGUUGGCAUGUUACAUGUACAAGUGAUAAAACUCAUUUUGAAAGACCCUUCAAGGGUUUCACUGAGGGUCACUCCCCUGGACAACACAACCAUCAAAACUGGUGGUCGUUAUAGGGCACCUCAUGAGGGAAAAAUGACUCGAAGAAGUUACAAGAAAAAGCAUCAAAGGGAAAGGAGUGGAGAUUCUCACCACAGGAAACGAGGCAGAACUUCCUUAUUCCGCCGCCUCAGCACAAAGAGAGCUCAAGAACAGAACAUAAACUCUCCUAUUACACCAAGUAAAACUUUUGGCUGUACAUUGAACAGGUCUUUGUCAUCAGGAGAUAGUAUGCCUAAUUCUCCAACAAGAUCAAAAUCUCCCCGGUCUCCACCUAUUGGGAGAGUCUAUGUUGGGGCAGGUGGUGACUCUGUUGGGAAUACAUCUCAGAGCAGCUCAUCUGGCUCUAGUGUACCUAACUCACCUGCCUCCUCAUCACAGUUUAACAGACCAAGCUCACUUCACGGACUCAAACACAAACUGGCAGCAGCGAAGUCACCACACAGAAGAAAAUCUGUACAUAAUAUCCCACUCUCGCCAUUAGCGCGUACACCUUCUCCAUCACCUAUGGCAUUGUCGCCGACACGAAGUCCAAGCCCUCUGACUGUGGUUCAUGGUCACCACCAAGCUGGUAGUUCUAACACUACCCAGACGUAUCCCACAUAUCUGAACAGUAGUCCUAUUGCUACUUGUUCUCUGUCUAAGAAGACUCUCACAAGACCUAAGAGUACAGAACCUGGACAGGGGUCGCCAGCACUGCCUCGGCGGGGGGCAUCCCCAGACAGGCUGCAUCCGAGUGCAGCUAAGCAAACUAAAGAAAAACAGUCUUUGAACAGAAAGAGCUCUUGGCAUGAGAAACGAGAGUAUUUUGAAUCUCUCUGAUAUUGGUCAGUUAUUUUGCAUUUCAGUUUUAACAAUAUACCGGGUAAGAUACAAGUGUACUACGUGGCUUAAUAAGUAUUGACCUGGUGGUGAACCUAUACAGAUGUAGAAUGUUUCUUCAAAACUAUCCAAUUGUUUUAGCCUAGAAACUAGAGAUCAGCCAAGAAAUGAAAGUGUCCUCACUAAGUGUUUGAAAAUGAUACUUGUGCAAAUUUGUUUCUGAUUCAAUGUUGCCGUGUACAUGCUUAUAGUAAGUCUGGAUACCUACAGAAUACAUGAUGAAUUGCAUGCCAUGGACAGAAUCAGACUUUUGUGGUAAUGAAUUGUGUGAAUUCCAUAUUUUAAAUAAUGUGACCAGACUUUCUUGGCAUAUUUGUAUAUUUAAAUGGCUUUAUCUACCAGCCUGUUGCACUUGGCAUUCUGUAUGAGUAAAUAUAAGUCGGCAAGAACUGGGACUUAAAAAGUAGAUGUUACAAUGAAACGUCUGUUUUCCUGUGUGGGUUCUAGGAGAAGGAGCCUUUCUUAUCUGAUGUGACUUGAAAACCCUACAUAAUAAAUAUCGACGCCAGAAUAGUAAAUGCAAUUCUCUAUUAAGUGCUUUUGCAAGUUGGUAAAUUGUAGCAUUUUCUUUGUACACCAAAUAAUACUUGUCAAUAUAUAUCAUAGCAUUGUAAAUUAUGAUAAAGUCAUUAUGACUUUUUAAGCAUAAAAUACUUUCGGUUUUGAGAGUUGACACAAGCUUAGGUAUGCUAUUUGUGUUUACAUGCAUGUAACAUUUUGCAAGGGACAAUUUUGCUGGAGUGGACAGAUGUAAAGGGGGAUUGGUUCUUAGAUCUUUGAAAUAAAUAUACCUGAUAAAGUAACUAAUGAAACUGUUACUGGCGGAGUAACUUAUUGUAUAAGAUCAUGCUGUUUUUGAGCCGUAACCGCUGACAUUUUACAGCAAAAGUUCAAGGGGUGUUUGGUUUCACAUUAUUUUUGGAUGGCACGCGUAGAUCCGACAGUUUUAGUCAUGACAGAUCGUUAGACUAAUUAUGUAUGAAUCACGGAAUGAAACAUUUACUAUCAUUAUCACCCUGAUGGCAACUAAUUGCAAGAAAAUGUGAAGUUCUUUCUGCGUAAAGAACGCUAAAUCUGCCAUGAAACUGUAGUAGGAAAAACAUAUGUUCCGUCCAGCAUGUGGCAGAAACGAGCUAAAUUGAUGGCAAUGUAACGGAGUUGCUAUUAGAUUUACAAGAAAACGGAGCAUGGUUAUUUAUAGUAUUGUAUUUUAAGGAAUUUUUUUCUUGAAUAAUGUGUUACUUCAAUUUGUACAGCAACUAUGUUGAAAAUUUGUAAUUAUUUGUACAGCACAGCUUUAGGUAUUGGACAUUCCACCCAUACGUGUAUGUUUGAGAGCGCAUGUGCAAACGGAUUUCAGGAGUUUAAUGUCAAUAAAAUUACUGAA